UGCACCUCCUGCACCCCCUCUACCUACCAGUCCCUUGCACCCCCUGUUCUCUAUUUCCUGUUCAAGUACAUUUUCCUUUCUCCAGACCAUCACGAUUUUCUCUCCAUCCCAGAUUCUGCCUGUGACCACCCUGCCAUCACCUGCAUAUCCAGCAGCCUCUGGUACCACCUCUCAGCCCUACCUUCUUUGUUUUCCCUUCAACCGCCCUAAUAUGCCCCCUCUACCUGGCACAGUGGGGUAGGCUGGCAGUGUGCAUGGGAUUGCCUGCAGCUACAGGGAACACCCCCAAUCUCUUAUUCUUGCUGCAGCCUUCAUACAAGUCCCGACUGUAGGUAUAUGGACAGGAGUUCUAUGCUGCGACUGAUCCAGGGGCAGCUUGACCCAGAGCAUACAGGUUUUGUGUGCGCAAAAACAUUUGCUGCCCUGGUCAACGAUCAUGAGCUGCCCCUGGACCCCACCAAGUUGGAAAUGUUAUUUGCCCUUUCUCAGGGCAACGAGGAUGGACAAAUCUGCUACUCUCAGCUGGUGGACCUGAUCAGCAGCAAAAGGUCCAGUAGUUUCAGAAGGGCCAUCAGUAGUGGUCAACGCGCCCUACCAAGAGAUGUUCUACUUGAUCAGGACGGGCUCGGCAUCUACAAAAGAUUUGUACGUUAUGUGGCCUAUGAAAUUUUGCCGGGUGAGAUGGAGAGACGCUGGUACUUCUACCAACACCGGCCAUGCCCACCACCUAUCUUCAUGGCAGUUGUCACUUUAACGCAGAUCAUUGUUUUCCUCUGUUAUGGGAUCAAACUGAACAAGUGGGUCUUACAGACGUACCACCCUGAAUAUAUGAAGAGCCCCCUUGUAUACCACCCCGGGCACCGCGCCAGAGCUUGGCGCUUCCUCACCUAUAUGUUCAUGCAUGUUGGUCUAGAACAGUUGGGAUUUAACACUCUGCUGCAGUUAAUGAUCGGAGUUCCUUUGGAGAUGGUUCAUGGGAUACUGAGAAUUAGCUUCCUGUACCUUGCAGGGGUUUUGGCAGGAUCCCUUGCAGUGUCGGUCACAGAUAUGAGAGCGCCACUGGUCGGAGGGUCAGGUGGAGUCUAUGCCCUGUGCUCUGCCCAUCUUGCCAAUGUUGUUAUGAACUGGGCUGGAAUGCGCUGUCCAUACAAGGUCCUUCGAAUGAUACUCGCACUGGUCUGUAUGAGCUCAGAAGUAGGUCGUGCAGUUUGGCUCCGUUUCUCCCCUCCGCUACCUGCAGCCGGUCCCCAGCCCAGUUUCAUGGCUCACCUUGCUGGGGCGGCUGUUGGUGUCAGCAUGGGCUUGACCAUCUUGCGCAGCUACGAAGAGAACCUCCAGGACCAGUGCGGUUGGUGGGUCAUCUUACUGUGUUAUGCUACCUUCUUUGCCUUCGCUAUCUUUUGGAAUGUCUUCGCCUACGAACUUCUAGGAGUGCAGAUACCACAUCCCCCCUGAUCGUUGGACGAUGCACAUCCCUCAACUGAAGCUCCUUAUGUGGGAGACUGCUUAUCCUAAACCUUUCCUUAACUGAGGAACCAGCUAAGAUAUAUCACUCCAACACAUGCUGGACCUUCUAGUCAACAUCAAUGUGAUCCAGGUGUGGGACAGACAAUGUGACAAAGCAGGGUGACGUGAUACAGUUUGCUACAGAAUUUAAAUGUAUGUACCUAUGUAGCCAGGUCAUUUUGUAAGCUCUUACUGUUAUUACUCUUCAUAGCCUGCACUCUGAGAUGUUCAGGAGCUGGGUUAUCAUCAAGCAAUAAUACCCUUGAAUCCAUCAUUUUUCCAUUACAUACAAAGAUUCAUGGAGGCUUUACAACCACCACUACAUCCUAAAAGUAAGAGAGACUUUCCUGAUGAGAACCCACCUCCUGAUCAUCAUCAUUCACUGGACAAAGGGGUCUCACCUACGUAAUGAGAUCUCACCUAUGUAAGGAACAAUCUCAGGCCUGAUAAAUGGUUUUACCCCAGAAUGGCUCCCCUUGGAAACCCUUACCUCUAAAUUACUCUUUCGCUACUUGUGUUAAACAGUAGGAUGUUGAUUGAUGUCUCCCAAUGUAUCCCACCUCCGACAGAAAGUACCUGGCAGCCAUCUUGAAACAGACAUUAGAUGAGGGUUAAUAGAAUCUUAGGAUUCAUAACAAGCCCCUAAUGCAGGGUCAAUUUUAGAGUAGGUCAGAGAGGGAUUUUUUGCCCUGGACCCUGAACCCAGAGGGGCCUCUUGGAGGGAGGGAUUAAAAUAAUAAUAAAAAGUGUAUUGGACGUGUAAUAUAAAUAAUUGCAGAAAGGAGGUGCAGUCCAAGUUUUUCAAUGCUGUGGGCAAGUUAUUCCCUAUAAAAUGAAAUAGCAAAUCAUCCAAAAUCUUGACCAUUCUGGGUGGCCAUAUCCACCCCAUGGACCUCCAGCUGUGUAGCUCAUCCGUUGGUUCCAGCCUCUUUGUAUAGCUACAGGAACUCUUUAUCUCUAAAAAUGACAUUCAGCAUUACCUUCAAGAACAACACAAAGCCAGUUCACUUUGUUGUGGACCCGCAAGUAAAUCCAAUUGUAAACCUUGGACCCCAUGCUAGCACUCCUCUUAUUUAAAAAUGCAUGAGCCCAGGGUAUAUGUCAUCAGAGAGCUGUGCCGCCAUCUUUGUAUAUAUUGGCAGUGUUUUCUUUUUGUGCAUUAGGGGAGGACACCCAGGGUAUAGUAUAGUUGGCAUAAUAAUAAUAAUAAUAAUAAUAAUAAUAAUAGGGCAGCACAAGGAAACACUGAGUACAGGCAAAGAUGGUGGCUCUUUACUCACAAGUACCACAGGCUAAGAAAAAAGCACCAACCCAGGAUCCAAGAUUAGUGAUUACAAAUUUGGAAGCCAUUCACUGGCCUUCAAACUCAGUGUAGCUCAUUUGCUAACAGUAGGCAAAUUUGCCCCAACACACUACCCCAUAAGUUUAUCUCCAUUAUUCUACCUGUAGUAGAAUUGCUGAUUGGUUGUUAUGGGUCACAGCAUGGGUGCAAAUUAGCCCUGGGUUAGUAAAUGAGCCUUGAUUACUUUUGUGCCAAAAGCUGGUCAUGCAAGAAAAAAUAAAUACAUUUCGAAUGCAAAUAUUUUAUUUAGGGAACAUAGUGAGGCAUCAGUUUUAAACGUGCCCCGCCAAUUGCGCAUUCUGUAUUUUAUAUAUUAAAAAAAGAAUAAAUGGGUAUUUUAGUAUAUAGAAACAUUUACGACUUAUUGUCAAAAUAUUCCCAAAAAAAAAAAAAUAUAUAUAUAUAUAUAUACUGCAAAUGAA